AUGACGAAGGCUAUCUCAUUUUCUGUUCGCUCCGGCGGUCAUGAUUUCUUCGGCCGCUCGAUGAUCAGUGGGGCGCACGAGUGGGCCGGGGGAGGGGUGAUGGCAGGCGCCCUACGAAAAACCCUAGACUCUUACGGCCUAUUCACACCGACGGGGCAAGUAAAAUCUGUGGGGUAUGUCUCAUGUGGUGGAGGAUAUGGCUUCUACGUUGGAACAUACGGUUUCGGGGUCGACCUCGGGGCUAAAGUAAUCUUGGCAGGGGGAUAUGUUGUCGACACUGACCAAGAUCCGGAAUUGCUCUGGGCGCUACGUGGCGCGGGGGCAGGCACAUUCGGUGUUAUUACGGAGCUUCGAGUCAAGGUGUACCCUGUGCCUGAUUUGUAUGCAGGCUUCCUUGCUUUUUACCUCGCCGAAGCCGCAACUCUCUUAGGCGGAAUCGAAAAGAUCUUAAAUGAUGAUUUCCCAGAUGAAUUCAGCGGAGACGCUAUCGCUUCGCAUCCCAAGAUGACACCAAUACCGGUAUCCGAGCCUUGCUUUGUCUUCCUUUGGUGCUGGACUGUGACAAAGGAAAACUUUGCACCGGCAAAAAGAUUUCUCGAUCGGAUGGUGCAGGUCGGCACGGUUUUAGGUAACACGGUCACCAGGACUACCCCGGCCGCCUAUGACUGGACAUUUGGUAUAUAUGUUUACAUAAACUCAGCCUGA